CAUGAUUUUGUAAAUCCGAUGCUAUUACCGCCACAAUUCAGACAUACAUUUUCAAUACCAGAAAUUGUGAUGAUGCCUGGAUAUAAUGAUAAACCAAUAAACUUUCCCGUGAAUCCCAGUAAUGUACAUCCAUAUCCACCGAUAUGGCCCUUAGACCAAAAUGAAAACGACGACACAAGCACUGUUAAUCCAAAUAUGCAGCCGGCGAUUGUGGAAAUAGUACAACAACAAUACAAUGAUUUUAAAACACAUCCACUAAUUUGGUCUUUAGUCCAAAAUGCCAAGGAUUACGUUACCAAUGAGGAUCAACUAGUCGAUUACCCAUAUAUUAAUCCUUAUGUACCAUAUCCACUAAUUUGGACUGGAGAAGAAAAUGAAAAUGAUGACGCUAUGCUUAUAAAUCUCAAUAUACCACCAACCAAUAAGGAUGAAGUCGAUGACCAUGUUUUUCCCAUUUAUAGACCAAAUUCAAAAUUUGUAAUUAAUAGUAACAACAUACUAUUUGUUGAUCCUAUUAAAACUCCUAAUGGACUGGAUUGGAUUAAACUUCCUAACAUUGAUUUUAUAUCUCCAGAGAGCAUAGAUGUUAGACCGUUGACAUAUUAUUAUGACAAACCUGAAAUAACAUAUUGGUUUCCUUCUUAUGAAAGUACUCAGCUAUUUAGUCCUGUAGCGCAAAUGCCUGAAUGGAUAGAGAAUGGCCCACCGAUUUUUGGUAAAAACAGUCACGAUUCAAUGAUGGAGGAUUUACCAUGUGAUUUCUACCGUACCAGUUGUAAGAUCAUUCGUAUAGUUUCAUACUUAAUACAUGAAAAACCUGUUUAUGAAUAUGCAAUUGACUGCAAUAAUCAUACAAAUGAACAAUAUGAAGUUGUCUAUGACAAUGUAUCUAACGCCCCAAAACUAGAAAUGUACCCAAAACCAUUUGGGUGGCAAAAUAUACCACUCAUCUUCAAUGAAUGGAUCGAAAGACAGUGGAAACUCAUAAGAAACACAUCCAGAACACUAACGUGUCACAGUUUUAAAGUAUUAGUUGAAAAGAUUCUGCUAGAUAAUUACAUAAUUCUUGCCGAUGAUGGAUACUUGAUCGAUGCAAGUGGCAGGGUAGUGGGCACAAAUGAGUUAAUUAUGAGCACAUUUUCGAUAGGCCAGCCAAUAAAUAUAACCCCAAUUAGAUCAAACUUUAAUAUAUCUGAAAACUCAUUAUUAUUCAAAGGUUACAUAAUAAGUUCAAGAUUUCCACCUAAAAUUUUAGGUUUUAUAUCAAUAAAACCUGAAGAAAACCAAUAUAUUAAUCUGAAAUAUUAUCUAGAUAGAAUAAAAGAGUUAGAAAGUGACAAUGUUGAAGUAAGUCCAAUUCAAAUGAAUCAUAGUUUUUCACAAAAAACACAACCGCAAUUGAUAGAUGAAGGAGAUACAAAUAACAUUACGAAAAACAAUGGAGUUAUACAAAAUGUGGACUUUGGGACUGAAGGACAUAAUAUAUCUCAAUCAGAUAACACAACGUUGCAUAAUAAUGGACAAAGUAUUAAUCCAAGCAUUAACUCAAAUUCAGUUGUUGAUAUCCAUUCGAAUUCACAAUCCAACGUCGAACUUACAAGUAACGGUUACAGUAUGAGCAAGUUCAAAAUAAAAUGGGGAAAUUUUCUAGAUCAAAUUCAAGCAGAAAUUGAUGAGAGCGGUGGAAAUGAAUUAGUGCCGUCACUUGGGAAUUACAAUGUCAAUUUGAAAGAAGCAUUAUUCCUGCUCAAUCUGAUAGAUUUUAGAAAACCUGAAAUGUUUAAGGUUAUCGAAAAUCUGAACUUGACUAAUUUAAACAUAGAGUCGUUAUCCACAAUUUUGAUUAACAUUAUAGAGGCUGUCAAUACGCAGAGAAUAAAACAUGACCCGUUGACGAAAUAUUUGGAAGAGCACAAAACAGGAACCAUUGAUGAAGAUGAACCAUUUUUUAGAAUCAUCGGCGGAUCAGCCGCCACUGGCAGCGGGAAUCCUGUCAACAAUAAAGGAUUUUAA